CACGUUGGCGUUUAGUUCGAACAACGCGCGAAUCUUCAACGGAUGCUUUUGUGCUGGCGGAUCGUCGGUGCCAUUUCGUCGAUACGAAAUACGAAUUUGUCGAGUGCGAAGCAAAUCUAAUUGAAUGCAAAUACCAUUUCUACGAUUUUGCAUAAAUUCCGAAUAAACAAAAAAAUAAAUAAUUCUAGUUUAAGUUCAAGUCCGGUCAUCAAAAUGUACAUCUCUAAACGUACCUAUAAAAUAAUUGUGAUUAUUUUGAAUGUGAUUUGUGCGAUUCUGGGUUCCGUAUUGACGUGGUUUGGAUCAUGGCUCUACAAAAGUAUUGACGAUGAAAAAUUCGAUCAUGGCGAAAAAUUAGCAUCCAUUGUUAUAAUGACCUUGGGCGGAGUGUUAAUUUUCACAGCAAUCUAUGGAACAUUGGCGACCGUGUUUGAGCUGUCCAAUAUGUUGAUCAGCUUUGCAGUUCUUCUAAUCGCACUGCUAGUAAUGCAAAUCGUAUUGGUCAGCAUUAGCUAUACGGCAUUGAAUAAUGGCGUUUCGAAAAGGCUGGAGAAGGGCUUCGAUGAACUAUGGGAUCCGUUGCAUUUGAAACCCAGCGAAAAUUUGUCAUUCUAUGAAGAAUGGCUGCAAUGCUGCGGCAAGAACAGUCCAGAAGACUAUUACCUGCUUGACAAAUAUCCGCCCACAAGCUGUUGUAAAGAUCACAACUGCAUUAAGAUCCAUAAUUUGUACAAGGAUGGCUGUGCUGACAAAUAUCGUGAUUAUGUCAAAUCGAAAGUGGAGAAUUUCGAUAUUCUUAGUUGGGUAAUCAUUGCAACCGAGUUUAUUGGUUCCAUUUUCUCCUGCCUUCUGAUCGAUAGCAUACGAAAUUACCGAGAUUUGCGGCGAUUUUAUAGUUGAAGCGAAACACCAACAUUUUUAUUUUAAGUAUUUAUUUCCAAAUAUUUCCAUUAUUCGAACUUUACAAAUGUAAUUUACUGCUUAAGUACGAAAUUAGUUUACUCUAGUCAUAUUAUUUAUUACUAUUAUUACAUUAUAUAAUAUUUUAAUAGAGUAGAUAAGUUAUUAACGGAAGUAAUUUUUACUGAAUUGGAAGACAUGAUUCUGCUCAGGCUCUUAGAAAGAAGUUCUAAUUACUUAUUGGUUUAAUUGGAUCACAGAGACUUAGAGCUUAAAAUAUGUCGUAGGGCCGGAUAAAUAUGUGAUGACCCACACUACUACAUUGUUUACAAAAAAAUUAGAUUUUUUUUUUCAAUUUUUUAAAUUAAAUAAUUACGGAAAAAGGUCUACCAACAAGAUCAAAAUCGAAUUUCAUGUAAGAAUUAUAUAAUUAAAGAAAUGAAUAUUUUAUUAAUUAUGUGCGAAAAUGUGUAUGAAUGUAUUAAAUCAUUGAAUAUUCGAUUUUAAAAUUUUAAAGAUCCCAGUACAUGCGAAAUAAUAAAAUUCAAUUUUUUUAUAAAUGUUAAACCAAAAAUGAAUUAAUUGAUUGGAGACUACAAAUUUUAAAAUUAAACAAUAACACUGU